AUGGCUAGUACCGGAGACUCCGAGGUCGAGAAGCGGCCUCCAAGUCUCUCCCUGGAGACAAAGCAGGCUCAGGGAAGUGAGGAUGAGAUACAGGCUACCGUCAACGACAAGAGACUCCUCCGAAAAUUGGACCUGAGGGUCAUACCUCCAUUGUUUGUUCUCUUCCUCCUGUCUUUUCUGGAUCGCUCCAAUAUCGGCAACGCCAAGAUUCAGGGCAUGGAGAAGUCGCUCAACAUGAAAGGGCAAGACUAUGCUAUAGCCCUGUUUGUGUUUUUCAUUACGUAUAUCCUGUGUGAGGUACCGAGCAACCUCAUUCUCAAGCGAAUGGCGCCGUCGACGUGGCUAAGCUUCAUAAUUACCGGCUGGGGCCUUAUCACGGUGGGCCAAGGGCUAGUCAGAACCUUCCCAGGCUUGGUCGGACUUCGGGUCGUCCUCGGGAUCUUCGAGUCCGGGCUCUUUCCCGGAGGGACAUAUCUAAUGUCGGCAUAUUAUGCCAGAUAUGAGCUACAAUGGCGGUUCAGCUUGUUUGUCUCUGCCAUCAUCAUUGCUGGGGCCUUUGGAGGUAUAUUUGCCUUUGGUCUUGCGAAACUGGAAGGCGUUGGAAACUACGAAGGAUGGCGCUGGAUCUUCAUCAUCGAAGGAGUCAUUACGGUCGUUGUAGGGGUGCUGUCCAAACUCUGGCUGGUGGAUUGGCCAGAACAGGCCAAGUUCUUAUCGGCUGAAGAAAAAGCCCUACUGGCUCACAAGCUGGCCGUCGAUGCGGGAGGUGGCGGCGCCGCCAGAAUGGACAGGCUGGAUAAGCCUGCGAUUCGACGCAUUUUGAGGGACUGGAAGAUAUACGUGGGCAUCUUCAUGCAUUUGACUGUUGUCACCAGCACUUACUCCAUGUCCUUCUUCCUGCCAACUGUCAUCAAGGAAAUGGGCUACUCAUCAGCUGAGGCGCAGCUCCGGGUCAUUCCCGUCUACCUCGUCGCGACGGUUGUUUCAUUGGUCGCCGCCUGGCUUACCGACCGCUACCGCUGCUGGUAUCUUGUCAUCAUGAUCACGCUCCUGCCGGGAAUUGCGGGUUUCGGCAUCAUGCUGGCUGGUUUAAGAGUGUCGACCGCUGGUAGAUACUUGAGCUGCUUCCUCGUGGCCAUUACCGCGUUCACUUCGCUGCCCACGGUCCUGGCGUGGGUCACCUACCAGCAAAGCGGACAAUAUAAGAGAGCCGUUUCAUCUGCUAUGAUCCUUGGUUGUGGCAAUGUUGGCGGCAUCAUCGGAAGCAACAUCUGGUUGGCACGCGAGGCGCCGACAUUUAAAACUGGCGUUUCAAUCUCUCUGGCAUUUUUGGUCCUUUGUGGGAUUGCGUCGACGGGCUACUACAUGGGUCUACGGGCUGAGAAUCAGCUGAGAGACCGAGGCGGGCGUGACUAUCGUCUCACGGAAGAGGCCGAUGAGCUGGAUAAUAUGGGCGACGACCAUCCAUCGUGGAGGUAUACUUUUUGAUCAGCGAAGCCGCCAACGAUUGUGUUUCACUUGACGGACGAGUGGGCAUGCCAGAAGCCCGUGCGAUGCUCGUCGAUAAGAUGGCCGAAUGCCCAUGAAAGUGUUUAUUAGCAUUUGGCAGGAAGGAGGGCGCUGGAAUGACAAUGUCCGUGUGAAUGCUGAGCGUUGAGCGCGGCCUGUCCUGGACUCCUGG